GAAGAUUCACAAAGGACUGGAGUUUGACUCGUCUUUCAUCAUUGGUUGACUCCUCACAUGUGCGUACAAAUAAAUGGCAAGCUGAACCUAGGACAAUGGGCGCAAAAUUUGUCAUUUUGUUUCUUGGACUGGCCUCCAUAGUAAAUGGUGAACUGCUCAUUCAAGGCCCGAACCACAAUGUUAUGGAAGGCGACAGUGUCAUACUGAAGUGCUUCUACUCAGACAAUAGGUUUAACAUCAGCCGCGUAAGAUUUGAAAGUUACUCCGAGCUUCUCCAAAUGUGGCGGCCAGUGUGGCCAGGCUCUUGGUGCUUCUACAAGUUGCAUGUGGAGCAAAAGGAUGACAAGAUGGUGCUAGAAAUUCCCCACAUCGCACUUUUCUCCGAAGGUGUCUUCCGCUGCAUGUCAGAUGACCAGAAUUUGACCGCGCCGAACAACGCUUCUAAGAAGUUGUCCUUGAAAGUGCACUAUCUAGGAGACGUGCAGCUCUCCAGGGAGGGCUCCAUCAGCUUCCUGGGCCUGUCACAGGAGCUUCGUGUAAGGCAAGGAGACGACAUAAUGCUCAAGUGCUCAGCCACUGCUUCUGAGGAGCCCAACUACUUCUGGUACAAGGAGGAUAGUGACUGGAUGGUGCCCUCGGCCAUUAUGACACUGAAGAAAGUGACAACCACGGACACUGGCGUGUACACGUGCUAUGUGGAACAUCCCACCAUGUUGCUCAAUAAAAUGCGGAAUAUUAGCCUGGUUGUGCUGCCUGAGAACGUCAGUUGGUUUGAGACUGACACUGGCCGUCUUGUUCUGAUGACCUUGAUGAUCGCGACCUUCGUUCUCUCAGUGCUCAUUGCAAUGUUGAGCGUGUGCAUUUACCGCAGGAAAAAGCAAGCCAAGACAACACCCAUUGACGACAGGUCACAGACCAAGCCUAUCUACAAGGACAGCUCAGACGCUCUCUACUCAAACUGUGGAGACAAACAGCCCCUUGUCGCCGUCUGACGGCCGCGCUGAGGAUGGAAUGGAAGGAAGAUGGAGUACGUGAGCAGAGAGUGACGGAUGGCGUCGGAUGGCUACUUAAGAGCGACUCAGAUGGUUAUAAAUGAGGGCCAGGCUAUAGGGAGGGAAGAAAUCGAAAUAAGUAGCUUGCAAAAAAGGAAAAAGAAAGGGGGGCGUGAUUGCUUCGUGGGUAUUUGCAGGGGGGGCGAGGCCAUGGACAAAAGGCGGGCAAUUUUCUUCCUUUUCAUUCUACAGCGUGGAAGGUGAUGAGCUAUACACUUUGUAGCAUAUUUAGCCUGGGAUGCAUUUUGUGUGUGUGCGCUUUUAAAAUCUUUUCUCUCAUUUUCUUGGGCAUUUAGAAUCCAAAGAUAAGAUUGGACUUUGCUGAUUUCUGCAUGAUAUCUCCAUCUGGUUCCCAUGACAGCAUAUUACCCUUUAGAAGCAGCUUUAUGCAACCUUUGGACUGAGUAUUGUUGAUUUUAUGAAAGAGCAUUUUACUGACCGCCCACAUUUUGUGCAUAUUUCAAUGCAUUAUGAAAAAUAAUCACCAUAAUGAAUCAUAAGUGGGAGUCUGCAGCUUGGUCUCCAUGUGGUGAAGAACUUUUUGCUGCAUGAAACCCCAAAUUUAAAAGUCAAUGUAAAUGUCUUACACCCCAGUAAAAAUAUAACAAACAAAAAAACAACAACAUAAAACUAUCAUAAAAUGUAUAGAAAAUAAUACGCAUAUUGUUGUGGGACAGUGUACAACAUUUACCUUAAAAUGGCAGGUAAUGAUGUGAUGGCCUGUGAAAUCUGGGCGUGAACUGUGGUUGACAGCAGCUUCUGAGUGAGUGCUGAAGACUACACAAUUUCAGACAAGACCAAAUCUGUCAAAAUCCUGAUCCGGAUCUGAAAAGAUCCAUCUGAUGUUUCAGUCAGAAACACAUAUACAUGCAACUAAAGUAGAUUGUAGUAGUAUAGUAUUGUACAUUCUCGUCCGUCUCCUGCUCUUCCAUCAGUGAACUGUUCCCAGUUUUUCCAACAAUCUUUAAUUUUUUCCCCCACACAUUAUGGGGUAUCUAAACUGCAAGAUAAUAAAAUUAUAUUAAAAAAAGUCACUUGCUGUUAUUUGGUCUUUUUCGAUUGAUAAUACUUUUAGCAUAACUAAAAUGUGACAAGAGUAAAUAAGCCAUUACAAGUCAGUGACGGUGACAUUGGAGGGUUUGAUUGUGCGAACUUUAUUAUAUUUAUAUUUUAUCUUUACUGUAUAUUAAAUGAAAAUGCACACAAAAACGCAAAAAGACCAAUGAUGCUCACUGAACGGAGGUAACAUGAGUUAUGCUUAAAGUGCGUACGACAAGAUAAAAAAGUCUUUUAUAUAGCAUUAUUAUGUGAAUUAGAAUCAUAUUUUGAGAUGAUUCAACUAUAUACAACAAUUUGGCAAAGCGCAGAUGACGAGAAAUUAGUGUUUUAAUCUGCCGUCUAGCCACACCUACCAUUAUAGGGCUCUAGCAUCCCCAACAGGUGAAUGACAUCAGCGGGAGAAUGAUUUUAUCUGAUUUAGUAUGCAGCCCAUUGAGGGGGAAUUAUUCAUAACAAGGAAAAUGCGACGAAUAUAUCUACUCCAAUAUUUUUAAAGGAUAUUCUUUUUGUUGAAGUAUUUUUCCCAAUUGCUACAUAAAUGGUAUGGCCAUGACAAAAACAAUCUUGUGCUAAAUGGAAUAUGAAACAAUAAAAAUGCAUUUACUCAGUACGACAUGGCAAAAUUACUCCAUAAUGGUCAAAACUGUCGACUUCACCUUUACUGUCGCACCUCUCGAACGCUAUAUUCUGCCGCCGUAGUUAGUCAGGCUUUUGACAUUUCCCUGCCCCCCGGCUUCGGAGAAUGUAAACAAACCAAGAGGGGUGACAGCUAGCCGACAUGCUAACCCGAACCGAUCGACGUCUCAAAGUCUUAUUUUCGCUUUCGAAGCAAAAAAUCACACAAAACUAGCCCGGAUCAUAUCACACUGCUGCGGGGUUGUCGAUUGUCUUCGCCGAUCGGCAACCCACCCGGCGGAGAGCAAGUUACAGUUCGUUCCAUUGCUACUAUGGACAGGAGAGCCGACGUCGGAGGAACGCGUAGCUGCCACAUGGUCAACAUGAAUAUAAUAAAAAAUAAUGCUUUACUACACGGCGAUGACAUAAACAAAGAGCGGCGUGCAGUUGUUGUGCAGCUAACAUGACAGACAGAAUGUGUCUUAGGAGAUAUUUUCUACCUGCCCAUCCAUGCUGAAAUGUGAGUAAAUAGUCCUUUAUUUAAAGAAAGUUUGUAGUGUUUACUCUGCAAUCGCUGUAUUCAUUUUUAACACAAAGUUGCAAUUUCUGAUGGGGUUGAAAAUUUGACAGAACACCGGGCACAUGAAGAGGGCAAUAAACCUAGUAUAGUGCUCUCCCGGUGGGGGAAUGUGCGACAAGCCGCCGGUGUCGUCUGCCGAGUCGACAACGAGCAUGUCAGCCACAAAAUGCAAGCCACUUACGUAUUAAAAUGAUUCCAGUAUUUGACAUACAGUAAUACAAAACACGAUGUUUACUCACGUCCUCGUGGUCCCACAGUAGUAGGGCUUGUUUUGGCCAAUAUCCACUGGUGAAUGGGAACCUUUUGAAACCCCAGAAAGGCACACACGCCUCUCCCUGGUGCAGCAAAAUUUUUCUGCAGCCGUUUGGCUGGCGUGAUGUGAAAAAUAAACGAAUUAAUCUGCAAAAUCAGCUGAAUCCUUAGUCCUUCUCAUACAACAGUACGGCUGGAUAGUAAAGAGGACUCCUUCCACCGUACACGUCACAGCGCCCUCUUUCUCAACUCGAGACUGGAGCCGGAAGUCACUCAGUCAUGGCGUGGGAUUAAAAAAACUAAAUAUAUAUAGCGAUCGCUUCCACACACAUCCAAGCGGUCGAUUUCAUUCAGGAGCAUAAAAUACAGCGGAAAAUAUGAAAAAAAACAUGCUUUUUGCUGUCAUAGGCACUUUAAGGCACACAGCAUUUAGACAAAAAUGUUGGUUGAAUUACAUUGCAGGCUUGUUUUUUCUUUUAAUUCAACGCAAAAUGAUGAAUAGCGACCAAUGAUGUCAUGAGUGCGCAGUCGGAUUGCUGGGAUGGCAUACCUUACUAUUUUCCAAGGGGGCACAGAUGCAAGGUAGCCAGAGAAUGGCUUUUUUAAAAAUAAUUAAUUGCAAAAUGAUGAAUGGCAAAGCGAUUAUGUCAUGAGUGUCCAGUCGGAUUGCUGGGUGCCAUUCCUUACUCUUUUCCUAGGAAGUGUAGAUGCAAGGUAGGCAGGGAAUUGUGACAAUUUAUAAGCUAUCUUGGAGUUCAUUUUGAGAUCACACUGUUGUUAUCAAAUACGAAUAAUCCUUCAUAGCUCUGUGAAUGUGUGUUUUUUUUGUUAAAUAAAAUGCUUUGCUGUCAAGACACUUGCUGUACAU